AUGAGUCCCACACCUUUAGGAUUUAGAACAAAAGGAAAAAUUGAUACACCAAAACUUACAUCAGAUUGCAUUGAAGAAAUUUUAAAAAGUCUUGAUAGAGAAAAUGAUCAAGCAUCUCUUUAUUCUUGGACUUUAGUGAAUAGAUCUUGGUGUCAAGUGGCUAUUUCAUUAUUAUGGUCUCAUCCAUUUAAUAAUAUGAGAUUUGAUGGAAAUGAUAAUGAAAAAGGUUAUUUACUUAUUAGAACUUAUAUUUCUUGUCUUUCUGAUGAAGCAACUCAACAAUUAAUCGAUGAAGGUCAUAAAAUUAAAAAUAUAAAAACAUUAUUCGAUUAUCCAACUUAUUUAAAAGAACUUCAUAUUGGAAAUUUACAAGUAUCAAUCUGUCAAUGGUGGGAAAAGAAUACUGAUUAUAUGCUUAAACGUAAAGCUCAAUUUCAAAAUGUUGAAUCUUUAAUUUUGGAAAUGUUAUUUAACAAAUGUAAUGGGUUUAAAAAAUUAGAUUGUGAAUUACAACAACUUUGUUAUGAUAAUAAUAAUACUGAUUUCGUUUCUUUCUCUGGAAUUCAAAGAGCUGUUUCACGUUUAAAUGAACUUCAUAUAGAUUGUACAUAUGUGGAUCAUCAAGGUCAUUUAUCUAAUUUAUUAACAACUAUAAUUAAUAAUUCUCAAUAUAUUAAUCAUAUUAUUGUUACUCCAUAUUUUGAUUGUCCUUUAUCUCAACAAAUUCCAAAAUUAAUCGAAUCUCAAAAUAAUUUAUCAAGUUUUAAUAUGUUAUCUCCUUUAGUUGGUUCUUUUAAUCCUUCAAGAUCUGCUUCAAUUUUUUCUUCACUUACAAGUCAAGUAAUUUCAUUAACAAGUUUGGAUUUUCGAAAAUUAUUUAUUGAUUGGAAUUCUUUAGAAAUUUUAACAAAAUGUUCAAAUUUAAAAAAUUUGAAAUUUAUAAAUUGUUAUCAAGAAAAAGAUAUUACUUUACCAGAUUCUUUAUAUAAAUCAUUUCAACUUACUAUUAACAAAUUAACUUUAAAUAAUGAAAAUAAUAGUGAAACUUUUCUUUCAGAUUUAACUUGUACUACUAUUAUAAUGAUAUCAAAAAAUCGUUUAAAAGAAUUAGUUAUUGAUUUUUUUAAUCCUGAAUUAUCCCAAAUUAUUAAUACACAAAUUCCUAAUUUAAGUUCAUUAUCUAUUAGAACUAUACCUCCUAUACAACAACUUGAGUGGAUCUCUUGUUCAACUUCUCUUUCACAUUUAUCUUUAAGUGAUGUGGGAAUUAGUAGUCGUUUAUUUUCUAUAACAGUUUGUCAACAAAUUGGUCAACUUUUACCUACAAAUCUUUUACAUUUACAAUUAGAAAGUAGAUAUAAUAUCGCUCCUGAAUCUUUAACUUGUAUAUUAGAAAAUACUAUUGCAAAAUUAGAAAUUUUAAGUUUAGAUGUGGAAAAAUUUGAUGAUACUUUACUUGAAGCUAUAGGUGAUUAUGCUAGAGAUACUGGAAAACGUUUGAAAGAAUUAAGGAUUGGUAAAGAUACUAGAAUUGAAUUUGAUCAUAAUUUAUGUAAGAAAUUAUUAUGUGUUAUACCUUCAAUCAAUCAAAAUUACGAGGAUCCUUGGCCUGUUUUAAUUGAAAGAAGGGUUCAUUAUAGAGAAAUAUAUUAG